UGAUGGCGUAGCCUAGCAACGAGAGAUGGCGGAGCCGGAGGACCAGGCUGACGGGUCACAGCAGGAAGGCCAACAGUCUUCUGCCGAAGAGGACUCGGAGCAGCAGUACACUGAAGGCCGUGAGGUAUCACCACAGGUGGAGGACGAUGGCCAAGAAAUGGAAGAGGGCGGAGACCCCACCAGAAGUCCUGAAGAAGACAUUACAGCUGAAGGCGGGGGCGGAUCUGAAGGGGAAAUGAUGGAUGCUGAGAAAGUCAGCACGGAUGGGGAAGCCAUCUCUGAAGGAGAAGUGGGGUCCGAUGCAGAGACUCCCCCAGAAACAGAAGUGGAAUUCAUUGGAGAGACUGCUCCAGACACAGAGGUGGAAUUCAUUGGAGAGACCUCCCCAGGAACAGACGUGGAACCCACUGGAGAGACCUCCCCAGGAACAGACGUGGAACCCACUGGAGAGAGCAUACAGGAAACAGAAGUUGAAUCCAUCGGAGAGGCUACCGCAGGAAUGGACGUGGAACCCAUUAAAAAGACCACGACAGAACUCAAAGUUGAAUCCAUCGGAGAAGAAACCGAUGGAGACGUGGACUCCAUUAGGAAGGCCCUCCGAGGGAUAGACUUGGAAUCCAUCACAGGUGCCUCUCUGCCAAAAAAGGCUAAACACAGAAAGGUCAGACCCCAAGAGGAAGUUGAAUCCACUGGAAGAGCUGCCCCAGAAGAAGAAUUACAAAUUUCUGACCACGAGAAAGUAGAAGCCCUUCUGGACGAGUUGGAUGAGCUCUCUGAGAUAGUCAGCUCUCCCGAGGUCUCCUACUCUGACGUCAGUCCCUUGGAGAUAGGUGGAGAGGAGAUAAACGCUUCAGCCACAUCAACCGACACAUCCCAGCAAGGCAUAUAUGAGCCCAUAGAGCCUAUAGAGCUCGCAGAGCCCCCAGAGGACAGCACGGAGAGAGCCCCAGCCCAUCCCUAUCAAAGAGAAUUCCCGAUGGGGGCACGACAUCGAUUCAGACUGAGCAUCAUGGGAAGUCUGACUCCCUCGGACACAGACGAUCUUCCCCUGGAAACGGACAAGCCGCCUCAGCAAGAGUCAGUGCAGUCAACUCCCAGAGCCCUUGAAGAAACCCGGAUACAGUUCCUAGACCAGGUCCAGAGCCUCAGCCCCGAGGCCCUGCUCGAUAGAGCAAUGUCUGAAGGGAGUGAUGAAGCAGAGGAGGAAGGCUCUCAGCUGAUGGUGCUGGACCCAGACCAUCCCCUGAUGAUCAGAUUCCAGGAGGCUCUGAAGGGCUACCUCAACCGGCAGAUGGACAAACUGAAGCUGGACGUCCAAGAGCUGGAUGUGGCCACCAAGCAAGCCCGAAGCCAGAGGCAGGAGCUGGGCGUGAACCUCUACGGGGUCCAGCAGCACCUGGCCCGCCUGCAGAUGCAGCUGGAGAAGAGCCAUGACCGGCACUCUCUGGCAGCCUGUGAGCGGAGAAGGAAGGAGGAGGAGCUGCAAUGUGCGCGCUCCGUCUACAACAAGACCUGCCAGACCGCCAAUGAGGAACGAAAGAAGUUGGCCGCCCUGCAGACAGAGGUGGAGAGCCUGGCCCUGCACCUCUUCUACAUGCAGAACAUAGAGCAGGACGUGCGCGAUGACAUCCAAGUCAUGAAGCAGGUGGUGAGGAAGACCGAGACGGAGAAGAUGCACGCCGAGAUAGAGAAGAAAAAGCAGGACCUGUUUGUGGACCAGCUCACCGAAAGGUCACACCAGCUAGAAGAAAACAUCGCCCUGUUUGAGGCUCAGUACUUGUCCCAGGCUGAGGACACCCGGGUCCUCAAGAAAGCAGUGACUGAGGCCAUCACAGAGAUUGACACCAUUGCCAUGGAAAAGAAACGAAUCCUACAGCAGUGGACCACCAGCCUAGUGGGCAUGAAGCACCGUAACGAGGCAUACAAGACAGUGAUGGAUGCACUCAGGGAGUGUCAGCAUCAGGUGAAGUCCACAGACAGUGAGAUCGAAGUCUGCAAGAAGUCCAUCAUGCAGGAGGAAGAGAAGAAUGAGAAGCUGGCCCGCCUCCUGAACCGCGCAGAGACAGAAGCCACACUGGUGCAGAAAAUGACCGCCCAGUGCUUAAGCAAGCAAGAGGCUCUGCAGACAGAGUUUAACACGUACCAGCUCGCCCUGCAGGACACGGAGGAGAUGCUGAACAAGGGCUCUGUGGAACACUCGGCGGUCUUGAGCGAGCUCCAGGCCACCCGCCAGGCUUUCCACCAGGAACAGGAGCUACGGCAAAAGAUGGACAUGUCCAUGGUGGACAAGCUGCAGGAACAGGGGACCUCCAGCAAGAUGACCAAGUACUUUCAUCAGCUCCUUCGGAAGCUGCAAAAGGAAAACACCAACCUGGUGACACAUCUUUCAAAAAUUGACGGCGAUAUCGCCCAGGCCACCCUGGACAUCACCAACACCAACUGCAAAAUAGACAUGCAUAAGAAGACGCUGGGGGAGCUGGACAAGGAGGUAAAGAGGUUCAACGAUCUCAUCACCAACAGCGAGAGCGAGAUCGCCCGGCGCACCAUCCUCAUCGAGAGGAAGCAGAGCCUCAUCAACUUCUUCAACAAGCAGCUGGAACAGAUGGUGUCGGAGCUGGGGGGGGAGGAAGCUGGACCCCUGGAACUGGAGAUCAAAAGGCUGUCGAAGCUGACAGAAGAGUACAACACGGGAGUGGCUGAGGCGCAGAUGACCUGGUUGCGUCUGCAGCAGGAACUGGUCCAGGUCACGCAUGAGCGUGAGGAGCAGCUGGUGUCCGUGGACCAACUGAAGAAGGAGGUGCACAUCAUGGAACAAAAGAAGCUUCGCAUAGAGAGCAAGAUUGAGCAUGAGAAGAAGGAACAAAAGAUAGUGAGCCGCCACAUGAGGGAUCUGGACAACGACCUGACCAAGCUCAACAUGCUGUUGGACAAGAACCGAUGCAGUUCGGAAAUGCUGGAGCAGAACAAUAUAGCAACUGAGAUGGAGUUUCUGCGCACGCUGAAGGACUCAGAAAGAGAGACCAUUCAAAUGCAGGAAAAGCUGAUGGAACUCUCUGAGGAAAAGGCCACCCUCCUCAACAGCUUCGUGGAGGCCGAGCACCAAAUCAUGCUGUGGGAGAAGAAAAUCCAACUGGCCAAGGAGAUGCGCAGCUCAGUGGAUUCUGAGACCGGGCAGACAGAGAUCCGUGCCAUGAAGGCCGAGAUCCACAGGAUGAAGGUUAGGCACGGGCAGCUACUGAAGCAGCAGGAGAAGAUGAUCCGUGACAUGGAGCUGGCUGUGGCCCGCAGGGAGACCAUCGUCGUCCAGGCUGAAGGGCAGAGCAAGAUAGACAAGAAAGUAGUCACCAAGACAGAGUUCCACUACCAGCAGCGCGAGCUGCAGAAGAAAGUCAGGGAGAUGCACAAGGCCACAGAUGAAUGCACCAACACCAUCUCAGAACUGGAAGAAACUCAAAAGUUCCUAAGCAGCUCCCUCCAGGAGAAGCAGCAACUGCUGUCAGAAAUGCAGGCUACUACAGAUGUUCUUGAAGAGGAGAUCAACCAGCUCACAGCUCUCAAACGGCAGAACCUUCUGGAGAUCGUGACCCUGCAGACCUGCGGCAAGCACCUGCAGGCCGCCAUUGACGGGAAAUACGUGUUCCUGCACCGCAACAGCAGGUCCCAGCUGAUGGAGCGUAAGCGCCUGAGCGUCCGGCUGUCCCAGCUCAACACCGUCCUCUCCAGCGUGCAGGAAGACUACCCCCAGUACCAGGAGGUGCUGCAGAGAAUUCAACAGAAGAUCGCCACCAAGCUGGAGACCCCAGAGCCCUCCUAGACAGCACCCGGCCCGCACCUUUCAGGGCUAACUUGGGAGCAGACCCAGGGAGUCACCCCAUGUUCUGAAAAAGCCACGUGUCUCCUAGAGCGACACCCUAAGAAACACUGGCAGGCCAGACACAUGAUUCGAAGCCUCUCUGCUGUUCACACCAGGUGUAAGGCAGCCACCAGAUCUGACGCUUUGAGCGUGCCCACAUUACCCGGGUGUGAAAAAAAUCCACUCUUCUGUUGGACUUAAGACCAUCCUGGUGGCAGUUCUACGGUCACAUCAGUGCCUCUCAUUGUCCUGGGACAGACCCUCAAUUUUGCGGAGCAAGUAAUGGAGAGAAGAAGCCAGGAGUAAGGUGGACUUAUUUGAGCCCUGGUAACGCCUGUUCCAGCCCUCUGAAGCCCAGAGGAUACCCUCCUUCUCCACUCCACAGAAAGCUCGGCCUUCUCCUGCCCCCACCUCCCAGGAAGCUUUAAAUUAGACUGAAACCCAAAGACCAAAGCUGUGGGACCCCGGAGUCCAAGGAUAGCAAAUGCCCAUGGAGCAGAAACUACUUCAGAAAAGGGACACCUGUCUCUCAUCCACCGACCUCUGACCUCUCUUCUUCACUUCUGCCUCCCCUACCCUGGGCUUUCUGGGCACCAGAUACCUUUUUCCUUGUGUAGACGAGAAACGGAAGGGAUUAUUUCAGUUUUAAACUUUAAG